CCUGAUGUAGCGGCCUUGUUUCCUUAGCAUCAACGCGCCGACUCGACACAAUUGUUACCACCACGUUCCUAUUGCUUUAUUUCGCUGGGCUUAUCUCUUCAUCAAUCCGAAUGCGGGGAAGUGGUCUUUGAGACCUUUGUCUGUUAUUAUCAACCCUUCGCGCAGGGUUUGAGUGGCGCGACACGCCUACCUGUCUAGCUGCGUCCGGUCGAUCGAAUAACGGCGAUUGAUUCUAUUCCGAACCUCGACGUCUUAACUCGAUACCUCGAUUCUCAUAUCCACAAAAUGGAUAUCGUACCCCCGAACAUGACGGCCGACGAAGCUGUUCGCACCUCCGCAAAGAGAACCGCCGAACUUUUCGGCUCCGACUACCUCAUGGUCACACCCUCCGUCGCAGGCGGCUCGAUCGGUACUUCAUAUCGCAGAAAAGCAGAAUACAACGAUAUAAAGGAGCUACCGCCGGCUCUCGCCGAGAAGCAAGCCAAGGCCGCCGCCGCCGGGCGAGCUAAGCGUCCCAAGACGACAGCACAAGCACAAGCACCCGUGGACGGAAGCGGCGCGUCGAUGUCUCUUGUGAAGAAGGCCCCCGGUCCGACUGCUGGUGGCGUUGGUGGUGAGGAUAUGCCGAAGAGUUUGAUUCAGAGGCCGUCGGCGACGAAACAGCAGAAGCCGGAUUGGCACGCGCCGUGGAAGUUGAUGCGUGUGAUAUCGGGACAUCUGGGAUGGGUGCGGAGUUUGGCGGUGGAACCGAAUAAUGAGUGGUUUGCUAGUGGUGCUGGUGAUCGGACGAUUAAGAUUUGGAAUCUUGCGACGGGGCAGCUGCGGUUGACGCUUACGGGGCAUAUCUCGACGGUUAGAGGGUUGGCUGUGUCGCCUCGACACCCGUAUCUGUUCUCAUGUGGCGAGGAUAAGAUGGUUAAGUGCUGGGAUUUGGAAACGAACAAGGUUAUCCGACACUACCACGGUCAUCUCAGUGGUGUAUACACGCUCGCUUUGCAUCCCCGUCUCGACCUCCUGGUCACCGGUGGCCGGGACGGUGUCGCCAGAGUCUGGGACAUGCGUACACGAAGCAACGUCCACGUCCUCACAGGCCACAAGGGUACCGUCGCGGACAUCAAAUGUCAAGAAGCCGACCCACAAAUCAUCUCCGGCUCCCUCGACUCAACCGUCCGACUCUGGGACCUCGCCGCCGGCAAAUCAAUGGGCGUCCUAACCCACCACAAAAAGGGCGUCCGCGGCCUCACCACCCACCCAACGGAAUUCACCUUCGCCAGUGCCAGCACAGGCAGCAUCAAGCAAUGGAAAUGCCCAGAAGCGGCCUUCAUGCAGAACUUUGAGGGCCAAAACGCCGUCAUCAACUCCCUCGCCGUAAACGAGGACAACGUGCUCUUCUCCGGCGGCGACAACGGCUCCAUGUCCUUCUGGGACUGGAAGACGGGCCACCGGUUCCAGUCCAUUGAUACCAUGGCGCAGCCUGGUUCGUUGGACGCGGAGUCUGGAAUUAUGGCAUCGACUUUUGAUAAGACGGGGCUGCGGUUGAUUACUGGUGAGGCGGAUAAGACUAUUAAGGUGUGGAAGCAGGAUGAGGAGGCGACGCCGGAGACGCAUCCUGUUACUUGGGCUCCUACGCUGGGCAGACAGAGGUAUUAGUCUGUCGUUUAUACCCUUGAGUCGUGGUUGGUUUGGUAGAAUAAGAGGUUUAUUUACGCACUACAUGGAGUUAGCGUUUCUGUAUUUUGUUAACAAUGGUAUUGGGUUGUCGGGUUCGAAAAUAAAUCUAAUAUACUCAUCAUCUGUGUCUAUCUUGCAAUA